AUGUUCUGUCCUGAUGAAGAACUUAUUGAAGAAGAUGAUGCAUCAAAUCCACUUAAUCUUGUCAUGACGUUUAUUUUAACACCACUUCUUGUUAGUCGACGAGUUAAACGAAGUGCAGCAUUAGUACGACAAAAAUUAGGUACUGGUGUUAGACGCACAAUGUCGAAAUCAAUACGUGGUCUAUCAUCAACUGCAAAACGAAUAGCAAGAAUGAAACAUUUCGUUAAAAAACCAAGAAAUUUAUUAAAGAAACCAAAAGCACCAUCAAAAAUAUCAAUUUAUAAAUUGUUACCACUUAGAUUAAUCUCACGUUUAAUGGGUUGGAUAAGUCGUCUUUAUUUACCUGUAUGGCUUCGUCCACUAAUCUUUUAUUUUUAUAUAAAAAUAUUCUCAUGUAAUCCUCAUGAAAUGUAUAAUGAAGAUCUUAAAUCUUAUUGUACAAUAUCAGAAUUUUUUCGUCGUAAAAUAAAAAUGGAAUUACGUCCGAUAGAUAAACAAUCUCCAAUCGUAUCACCAUGUGAUGGUCGUGUUUUAACAUGUGGUAAAGUAUCUCGUGGCCUUAUUGAACAAGUUAAAGGUAUAACAUAUACUGCAUCUUCAUUUCUUGGUGUUCCAUUAACGGCUGGUUUAACGAAAUUUCAACAACAAAAUAAAACGAGAUCUAAUUCGACUUAUGAUUAUGAUGAUGCACAUUCAUAUGCUGAAAGCUUACUUAGAUAUCGUGGUCAUGCACUUUAUUAUGCAGUUAUUUAUCUUGCUCCUGGCGAUUAUCAUCGAUUUCAUUCACCAACAGAAUGGCAAAUAAGUUGGCGUCGUCAUUAUAUUGGUCAUUUAUUUUCUGUAAAUCCAAAAGUUGCUAGUUGGCUUCAAAAUUUAUUUUGUUUAAAUGAAAGAGCAGCUUAUUAUGGUUCAUGGAAAUAUGGAUUUUUUUCUAUGACAGCUGUUGGAGCAACAAUUGUUGGUAGUAUUAAUGUUCAUUUUGAUCCUGAAUUAAAAACAAAUAUUCGUCGUCGACCACGAUUAGAAAAAACCUUUCAAACAAUUCGAAAUUCAAAUGGAAUUUUACUUAAACGUGCUGAUAAUUUUGGUGACUUUAAUUUUGGUUCUACUGUUGUACUUGUUUUUGAAGCACCUGACAAUCUUGUUUUUAAUGUUAAACCUGGUGAUCCAAUUAAACUUGGUCAAUCAUUAUGUGAUCUUGAUAGACAAAAUGAUAUUGAUAUACAAGAUAUAAAACAACGUGGUAAUACAUCAUCAACUCUUUCGACUGAAGAAACUCAAAGUUCAAAUGAAGAAGAUGAAAAUCUUAAUGUUGAGAAUGAAGAACAAAAUAUUGAUCGAAAAUUACUUAUUGAUACAGUUGCACUUGAUGCAGCUAUUGUCGAUGCUGAUGCUAUUGCCAAUGCUGAUGUUAUUACUGAUCAAGAAGG